GACUGGGAUGUUUACACGUGCAUCAUGCAAGGACUUCCGAACCAGCUCUUGGAUCUGAGUUUCUUCCAAUCUGCCGGACCACAGCUGACAGUCAUGCGGGCCUUCUUUUGCGACAUGAUUGUCAAUGAGCGCGCGGCUGUCACGGUGAAGAACAUACCUACCACGGUCCGUAAGUCGGAUAUAUACCUCACAGCGCUCAAUAUCCUCACUAUCCUCUUGGCGUAUCGAUCAUUUUUCACUCGACAAGAUCAGGAUGAGAUGCUCGUCGCGUUUCAAACGGGACUGUACAGGUGGCCCAGCGCCGCAAAGAACUGCAUUCACGCUUUCACGCUCGCUCUUCACGAGCUGCCGCAGAGUAUGACCAAGCUCCUCCCAGGGACGCUCUUGAAAGUUUCGCAGAUGAUGUCAACGGCGAUGGCGGUUCACAACCUCCAGUUCCUCGCGACGCUAGCACGGCUGCCAAGUCUUAGAGUCAACUUCACCGACACUGAUGUCAAGCGAGUCUUUGUCAUCGCACUGCAGUACAUCAACACGACCGUCGACUCAGGCGCAAACAGCACUCCAACCUCACCAGUCAAUCUCUACAUCGUCCAACUCGCAUAUCAAGUACUCCUGGCGUGGUUUGUGACCCUCAAGCUUCCCGAGCGGAAAAAGUACGUCCCCUUCAUAAUUCAUUACCUACUCCUACGAAGCAGUCGGCAAAGCAAGGACUUGGACGAGAAUAUCGAGCUGGUAUUGGACCUUCUGAUCUACAACUCGUUCGCGGACUGCUGGUCGAAGCCUCCGGACACGCGACCGCUGCAAAGUGGAAGCAAACCGGGCAAACUUCCGAGCCGCACAUGGGUGCAGGGCAACUCGUUGUUGACAUCUCAAGUGUCGAGUCAUCCGGGAUGGAUCGACCUGACCAUUCGACGACCCGCGGGUGUGAUUGCGUUCUCAGUGAGGUUGGAGAACAGGUUCAAGGCUACCACAGCGUCGAUGUUACCGCUUGUUGCGCCCGUCGCAUUCGAGCAGCUCAUGUCGUCUCGGCGAGCGUACACGAUAGAGAAGGGACGGAAGGAGAGUGCCGCCCAAGGCCUUCGACGUAGCGAUUCCGACGGAUUUUCUCGACGCCGACACGGUCCGGUGAGCCAAUCGCCUUCCGCUCGCAGCUUCAUCGAGUCGGCUCGGCCCGCUGCUUUGGCCCGUGACGAACAACAAGCAUCGCUGGAUCCCAGUUUCCUCCUUGCCCAAUUCAUUCAUUAUCCGAACCUGCAAUUCGAAGAACCCUCGGUGCUCUUACCCGAAGACGACGCCAUCACUCGGGGUGUCUCGGUCCUGGACCGAACGCCUGUCAUCGACUUACACAAGAUUGGCGUGGUGUACGUCGGUCCGGAUCAGACAACCGAGGCGGCCAUUCUCAAUAACACCCAUGGGUCCCGGAACUACGGCUACUUCCUGCAGACCAUCGGUCGGUUUGUCCGUCUGAAAGGUUGCCGCGAUAUUUAUACGGGUGGGCUGGACACCAACGACGACCUUGAUGGCCGACACGCUAUCUACGCGCAGGACGAUCUGAGUCAAAUAAUCUUCCAUACGACGACACUAAUGCCUACAUUGGCGCACGACCCGGCGUGCACAUCGAAAAAGCGUCAUAUCGGAAAUGACUACGUGACGAUCGUGUGGAAUGAAAGCGGGAGGGAUUACGCAUUCGAUACCAUCCCCGCCCAAUUCAAUUUCGUCAACAUCAUCAUCGAGCCCGCUGCAAGCUUCGCAAACGUCGCCCCGGUGUCCGUCGUCACCGACAAAGGGUUCGACGCCUUCCAGCACCAGUUCUUCCGAGUCAUCGCUAAGCAGAAGCAAGACAUGCCCGAGACAGGACCGUUGGGAGAGCCGAAGCUCGUGUCUGGCGCAUCCCUCGGUGCGUUCGUCCGACAAAACGCGGUGCAGGCCAAUAUCUUUUCGCAGAUUUUUCAGAAUAGUGGGAACAAUGCUGAGAGUCAUACCAGUAACGCGAGGGAGCGGUUGCGGCAAAUCAAGCGCAUCAAGGAAAGAGCCGUGGCUGCCGCCGUCAAAAACGGGAAUAGGGCGGCGAGCACUGAGGGCGCAGACGGAUCGGGAGCUGCUGGGGGAAACAGAAACCCGGUCGUCGAUGAACGGGAGAUCCUGUUGGAUUUCACACGGUUCACAUGAAAGUUCCUCGAGUCGCGCCCCGUAUCCACCUCACAAAACAGUUCAUGUUUCGGUUUUGUCGACGGUGCAUCACAUAUAUAGGCUCUAUCUAGCUGAACCUUGUUGCCCCUGUCUGUAGCAGCGCACAUAUCACAUGUAUCUAUAUAAUAUGUAAGUAUUACACUUCCCUCAUAUGGUCUUUUCCCCUUCAUGAUCGUGGACCAGAUUUGACAGGAACAACAGCGGAAAAUGGAUUUGCAAGCGGUCCAGAUCCACAUUGAAUUCACGUGGCAACCAACGCGAUUUCAUACAGUCACGCGUACUCCGAAUGCAGCCGAUCUUCACGCUUUGAGCUGCCAUUCGACCUCAGUUCUAAUCAUUCCUUGAUUAACUCCGCGCGUUUC